AUUUUUGAGGUUCAACGUCAACACCUACAUUCGCAGUGGCACACCUUGAAAUCCGGGCCAUUUGGAUGGACUAAUACCCGCGAUACUACACAUCAACCCAGACGAAUUCCAUCUGGCUUGCAACUGAAUCAAUCUAUACUGAGGAAAACCCAAACGCAUAGUCUACAAAGAUCAUGACGGAUCUACAAAAGACUCCCUUUGUCAGGGAGCUUGCCUCAAGCGACCGACGCACUCGCGACAAAGCAACCGAGUCCCUGACUCUCUUCCUGCGCUCCAGAACCGACCUGUCUCUUAUCGAACUCCUGAAACUAUGGAAGGGUCUCUUCUUCUGCUUCUACCACUCCGACCGCCCCCUCACACAGCAAGCCCUCGCGCGCAAUCUCUCGUACGCCCUCGUUCCGACCCUGCCGCGCGCCACGCUGCAGCGGUUCCUGCGCGCCUUCUGGAUCACGAUCGGGCGCGACUUCCACUCGCUGGACCGGCUGCGUCUCGACAAAUACCUCUUCCUGAUCCGAUGCUACGUGGGGGUUGCCUUCGAGGUGUUCGUGAAGGGCGCCAAGACGCAGGCGCAGGAGGAGACGAACAAGAAGCGCAAGCGCCAGGACAGCGGCAAGAAGGAGAAGAACAAGCGGUCGAAGGGCAAGAAGAAGGCCCAGGCUGAGGCGGAGGACGAGGACGAGGAGAAAGAGGACGCUGCGGCGAAUGGCGAUGGCGCGCAGAAAUGGGCCGAUCUCGAGUCCUACCUGUCGAUUAUCGAGGAGGGCCCGCUCUGUCCGUUGAACUUUGAUCCGGACCAGCCGGCGGCGGACGAGGCGAAUGAUUACGUGCCGAUGCCGCAUGGACCGGAUGGGCUGCGCUAUCAUAUCAUGGAUAUCUGGAUCGAUGAGUUGGAGAAGGUGCUUGAGUUUGAUGAGGAGGUGGAUGGUGAGGAGGAGCCUCAGUCGAGGAAACCCAAGGGCGAGGUGCCCAUGGAGCUGUUGCUGCGGCCCAUUGAGAAGUUGCGGACGGACUGCCCGUACAAGCCGGUGAGAACGAGGGCGGCGGAGACGCUGAAUGACGAUCGGUUGGUGGAAUGGGGAUUCAAGACCCGUCCCGUUCAGGAGGAGGAUGACGACGAGGACAGUGAGAUCGAGUGGGGUGGUUUCGAUGAUUAAUUGAGGUGCCAAAAAUUAAUUCUCGAGGCGUCUGGGGAGCGGCUGUAUAUCUAGUCCAGACAAAAUUCGUUUUAUCGCCGAAUGGCAUUAUAGACAAUGAUCAUGACGGU